AUGCAGUCUCCUCCUGAAGACGUUUUCAAUUCGUAUUGGAGUUAUUUGCUGUAUGAAAUGGCUCAUUAUAAACCGAUUUUGUCCUUGUUGGUGGUAAUCGUGAGUUUAGUCUUAUUGAUUUUGUUUUUUCAUGACAAUGAAGUGUGCGUUGUGGCUUCUAUAGUGUCGCUUAUCUUUUGCAUUUUCAUUUUACCUUUUAUUUCAGAUGCAUUUACCCAACCGAUUAGUGAUAAAGAUUUCAAAAUUAAGCUUUCAGCUGAAGUAAUCGCACUUAGACCAGCUGGGAAAGGAUGGGGGACUACCGCAUAUAACAUGAAUCAAUAUCUGUUCGAUGAAGGACUAUGGAAUACCCCGUACUACUUCUACCGCGGCCGGGAAUGCCACGACUUUUUCAGAACCAUUACCAAGGAUGUUCCAAAAGAUACAGAACGAACUUUGAAGUGGUAUAUGUUGAAAGCAGCAGAAGUUGAGGAAGAAGCUCAACUUGAGUACUGGAGGAAACAGUAUCCCGACGCUAAUUUACCUUGA